GUCACGACUCCGAAGGAGAAACACUGACGUGUGACGUGCACUGAUGUGGAUACAUGUGUAAAGUGUAAGAUACAAUUGUUAGGCACAUAAUUUGGUGUUAUUUCGUUUAAAAAAAAAAGAAACCUAUAAUUUACAAUGUCUGACGAAUCUGAAUACGACGUGGAACCAGAGGAGUUUGAUAUCUACAAGAAAAAGUAUCAAUUACUGUUAGAAAGAUGCGAUAUUUUGCAGCAGGAGAAUGAGAGAUUGGUCUAUAGGAUCCAGAUGGUAAGGAAGCUUCUUCGACGUGUGAGGAAAGAGAAAAAAUUCUUGAUCAAUCGAUUGAAUCAGCAUGGAGAUCGCUGGCGCGAAGCACCAAUGGGUGUGUUAGAAGAGAACAGUGUAUUCGAAACAACUCCAAAAUCAGAGAAAGGAGGAAAGGGUGCCUCUAAUAAUGCCAAAGAGGAGAAACCUAGGAAAGGAACAAAGAGAAAGGGUGCAAAAGCUGAUCCAAAUGCGCCAAAGAGACCUGCCAAUCCCUUCUUCCAGUUUUGUCAAGAGCAGAGACCUCGUGUAAUGGAACGCUUAGCAGGGGAACCAGAACCUAGCAAGCAAGAACUUACUAGACAACUUGCGACCACUUGGAAAUCUCUUAGCUCCGAAGACAAAAAAGUAUAUUAUGACAUGUAUGAAAGAUCCAAGGAGAAAUAUGUCGCCGAAAUGCAAAUAUAUAACAAAAAGACUGAAGAUGCACCAUGUCAAAUGUUAAAUAUAUCAUAAUAAAUAUAUAAGCAACACUGUA